AUGAACAACUACACACAAGAAUCUGACAACCAUUCACAGCAAGUCACCAACGACGACGACCGUAGUCUAUACAAGGCAGCACAGCGGUUGGCUCUGCCAGACAUUGGAUUGAUAUGUGGCCCUCAUAUUCAAAAACUCAUCAACACCAAUGCGGCUGCUAUCGGAUGUCCUGACGAUCACAUCUUUCUCCCCUUCCUCACGUGCUGUGCAGCGUUGAUGGGAAACAAGACGUGUAUUAAAGUGAACGAGACAUGGAAUGAACCACCAAUUUUAUGGACCAUGGUUGGGGCCGGCUCAGGAUCCAAGAAGACGGCGGCCCUGAAGCUGAUCAUGGCGCCUCUGAUAGAAAUCCAACGGGAACAGAAUCGCCAGUGGCAACUCUCCCGCCCUACCCCGUCUAAUUAUCCUAGUAGAUCGUCAGCCCCUCAGAUUCUAGCAGGAGCAAUUGACAUGCAGUCAUUGGAUGAAGUUCUGAACAAAAAUGACGGCCAAAUAUUAAGUAUUGUAGACAAUUUGAAAUGCUUACAUAAAUGUCUAGAUAUUGAUUCUGAAUGGUCACAGACGAAGGUGUUUGAUCUCUAUGACGGUGUGCCGAAAUUCCAGGUUUGUUCGGGCGAAGUAAGCCUCCUGGAAUCAACUUGUUUCAACCAUACUGGCUUUGUGUCACCUGAUUAUGUUCUGAAUAUGUUCAGUAACAAGCUGAUCGGGAUGUCAAGUAGAUGUUUAGUCUCAUGUUCGCCAGACCAUGAACUCCCGUCGAUUUCGAGCUCACAUCCUUUACCACUAGAUACCCCUUCCUUCAAAGCGGUGUUUCAGACUCUACACACUUACCAUUCACAACCAAGAAAGUACUCGUUCUCGACCGAGGCAUGGAAGGAGUUGGCUCAUUGCCAUGACAACGAGUGGAGAAGCAUGAUGUCUCAAUUAGAUCUUGACCAGGACAAAAGGACAGUUAUUGAGAAAUCUUUAGGUCAAAUAGUACGCCUUUCAGGUGUUCUCAAGGCUCUUGUGAAUGCCUUUAGAUUUUCUAAGCAACUUUCCGAGAACAAAGCGUUCCAAUGGGAUCUCACAAUAGACAGGGACACGUUAUGUCGGGCCAUUGAUCUGUGUAAGUACUUUGUUGACCAGAAACUCACGUUGAUGCUCGGCUCCGGGGCUAGUUAUGGUAUGUGUAGUUAUUCAGGAAGCAGUGGUAAAAGGGGAGUUAAUGUGAAAGAUGCUCUCCGUCAGCUUCAGCAACCGAAAGUACUCCAUCAACAACUCAAUCAUGGUCAGCAACAACAUAUGCUUCUUCAGCAGCAACAACAACAUCAUCAUCAACAGCAGCAGCAGCAACAGCAACAACAACAGCAGCAGCAGCAACAACAACAACAACAACAGAGAUUACACCAUUCAAACCAGAUUAUGAACUUGUCGGAAAACUCAAAUUCGUCUGCGCCAGCACCUGAGGACUGGGUCGACCAGUCGCUCAUUGAUGAAGGGCAGGAGGAAACACAGACAGCUGAUUUUGUCGUCAUGGAUAAACAGAUGUUUGUAUCAGUACACGCAAAACGAAUCAAACGACUUUUAGAAUGUUUCGAUGACGGGAAUGGUGUAUCGGCCACAACCGCUUCGCAGAAAUCCAUUACUCCUCCCGUCAAAGUCCAAGGCACCAACAAUCGUCACCCUGUAUGGGCCUCCGCACUCUUCUUCCAGAAGUGUCAGGAACUGGGACUUGGUAGUGCUGAACAAGUGAAGCACCCAACGAACAGAAAAUUUUAUUGGCGUUUCAAAAGGAAGCCUAUAUCAGACAUUGACGAAAAACUACAACAGCUGAUAACAUUCCUCCGUGUAGAUAUGACCUUAUAUUGUAAAAUAGGCCCUCGGCCUCCCACAAUUCCUCCCGUGUCCCCAAUAAUGCUCUUUCAUACACCGAUAGACGUUUCCGUUGACUACUCAGAGUGUCAAACUACUGACAAUACCAGUGGUACGGACGCAACAAACGAACCUAUGGAAUCAUUGCAAGACGAAAUACAAAUCGUGGUGAAGGAUGAACCAUUGUAGAGAUUUUCGCUUGCAUAAUUGAUACAUUUUCAUAUCAGA